AUGAAACCUGGCGACGACAAGAAGCCUCUUGCCCUUGUGAGCAAACCACACCCACAUGAUGUCUUGUGUGGAAGAGGAGGAAGAACAAACUUGCACAAGGGAAACAUUUGGUUUCGGAGAUUGGUUAGAAGCAACCGUGCGCUGUAUAAAACAUGUCCAAAGCACACCAAAUUAUUAGUGGCCAAAGCAGUUGUCAAAGCUGUUCAAGGACAAGAUCCUCCAGGUCGCUAUUUAGAAGCAGACAAGACAACCGGUGGGUGGAAAGAAAUCACUUACAAACGGUCACUAGACAAAACAUCACAAGCAUUGAGAGAAAGAGAUCCUAAUCCAGAAAGUGGGGCAUUGACGACAACAGCCCGAGAAGCCGCUGUUUCAGCAGCACAGGAUGCUAGUUUAGAUCUGUUGACUAAGGCAACACUGCGACAGGCUGGUUUGUUGAAUGAGUCGUCGGCAGAAUCCUCAUCUACUAAGGCUGAGACAAUAACAGAGCCACUACCGUCGAAAAAACGGAAAGAGCCCGAACAAUUCCAGAAACCAGCUUGGUGGAGUCGAGGGACACCCAUUCCCACUCCUGCUCAACCGAAUGUCAAUACCAUGGCAGCGCCUGCGCCUCAAGGAAUGCAACCAGUUCUGAAGCGUCAAAAAGCUGAUCAAAGACAAGAAGAAGAAGCCCCUUUACCAUUGGAUGCUCUUCAGACUCGCCAAUCUUCGUUCUUCAAUUUCCUUAGCAACACUGGAAUCUUUGGCAGUAAACCUGCACCUCAGUCAUCCCUCAUGUUUGGCAAUUCCAGUAACAUGCAAAUGAAGAAUCGCAGUCAACAGACAUUCAAUCACAUGCAAAUGGCGACAAGCAAUCAUAACGCUAGCAACUUUCCAUUGCAGCAGCAGCAGCAGCAGCAACAGUACUACGUAUCUGACCCAAGUGGCAAUGACCAAGCGGCAAUGUUGCAGCCACUACCGAUACAGCAACGAAAUUCGUUGGUAGACGUGUUCGAGCCGCUGCCACUCGAGGCUGCGCAAGGAGGAGGGCAAGGACGAAACAACUUACCAAACAGCGGCAGUACAAGCAGUAGCAUUACGAUGGACCAGAUGCAAGUUCGACAACAAAUGGAAAUGAUUAAGCGGAAUAGCAUCGGUGGAAGCGCUACAGGCAGCAGUGAUCUUGGCUUUGUAGCGACUCAAAACAUGACUGAAAAUUUUGCACAACACACCAGUGCACCGAUGAACAACGAAGCCGUUGCGGUUGCACCGCCUCGUUCAGGCUUAACAGCUCAAAUUUCCGAUUGGCUGACGCCUUUCUUUCCUUCAACUGGUCCGGAAGAUGGAGUCCAGGCCCCACCGCCACCAGAACAAGAUUUGCAGCGUAGCAUCAGUUCCACCCUCUUCAAUAUGGCCCGAUCCCCGUCACAGUUCCUCACUAGUCUCAAGUCGGGAGUUACUUCCAUGUUUAUGGACAGUACUCCAACGCAGCCAAUGGCCAUGCCAGCACCUCCGGGCUCACUUACUCAGAAUCAAAGCUUUGGCACGCGCAGUGCCUCGGCAAAAGACUCGCUCUUGGAUGAUACGGAGGAAAACCCAUUUGAAACCCAGCUACGGCAAUUUCCGUCACGAUAG